AUGCCAUACCUGCCCGGAUUCUCCGAUAACCCGCUUCGGACCCGGUCCGACCUCAUACGAGCCUCUCUCGCACUCCUACGGCCGCUUUUACCCCACUUCUCACCGGCCAAGGGCAGGAUCCGGGUUCCCGUGUCUUCAGCUGCACACUUUGACGAAACCGCGGCUCAGCUCGAAGGCUUUGCACGGCCUCUAUGGGCCGUCGGUGCGUUGCUUCUUGGGUACAACUCGACAACUGACCCAGAACUGCUCAAGUCUAUCAACGAGGUAGUUCAGCCAUGGAUAGACGGCUUCGUUUCCGGAACCGAUCCAGAGCAUCCGGACUACUGGGGAGAGAUCAACGACAGAGACCAACGCAUGGUAGAAGCCGAGAUCAUAGCAUUCGCGAUGCUUGCCGCUCCCGACCGGAUCUACAAGCCAUUGAACGAAAGGUCUAAACAGAAUGUCACCAACUGGCUCCGCAUGCUGAAAGGGAUGGAGAUGCCAGAGAAUAACUGGCGUUGGUUCAGGGUCUUCGGGAACCUGGCCCUCUCGAAGGUCUGCGGCAUUCCCUUUGACAGUGUCCGCGACGAAAUCAACGCCGACCUGGAGCUCUUAGACACCUUCUACCGCUUCGAUGGCUGGUCGGCGGACGGGCUCUGGCAGACCCCCGAACAGGCACAAGUCGAAAUCGAGCAGUACAAAAAGACUGGGAGACGCGAUGCUGUUGGUAUGAGUCGCAAAGCAGAUUACUAUUCCGGGAGCUUUGCAAUCCAAUUCAGCCAGCUGCUCUACUCUCGAUUCGCUGCCGAUAUCGAUCCUGAAAGAGCUGAGACCUACCGAGCGGCCAUCCCGUUCGGCAGGUCUUUGACCUAUCGCUUUGCUUGUGGGGGCUACUUUUCUGCUUUAGCCCUGGCCCAGGUUCCCGAUAUGCCGGGACCUCUUGGCUCCCCUGGAGCAGUGAAAGGCUUCUUGAUGAGGCAUCUCAGAUGGUGGGCCAAGAACUCUGAAGAUAUUUUCUAUCCUGACGGGACUCUGAACAUCGGGUGGCUUUACCCGCAAGUAGCCCCCAACCCAUGCCGAAGUCUCGAAAAUAUGUAUCUGAGCGAAGAUUACAACUCGCCGCAAUCCCCAUAUUGGUGUCUCAAAACUCUCAUCGCGGUCGGUCUCUCGGAUGACGACGCCUUCUGGACAACAGAGGAGGAACCCUAUCCUCAGCUUCCGGUGGCUGGUACAGUCACCCUUGUAUCGGCGCCGCAGCAGAUUGUAUGCAACCAUUCGGCGGGCAACCACCACUUCCUUCUAUCCCCCGGGCAAUUCGUCGCGUGGCCGAUGAAAGGAAACCAGGCCAAGUACAGCAAGUUUGCCUAUUCUUCCGCUUUCGCGUUCUCCGUCCCUACAGGCCCGCUGAUUCAGCAGAUGGCCCCCGACAAUACGCUUGCCUUCAGUCGCGACGGAGGGGAGACUUGGGCUGUGAAAUGGAAGUCGGAACAGGUGCGUUUCGUGACUGCUUAUGUCCAGGGACCAUCGGGAACAGAGGGGGUGCAGGCUACGAGCGCCAAAUGGUAUCCUUGGGGCGAUCGAGCCGUGAGCGUCGACACUACUUUGAUCCCACCUACGAACAGAUGGCCUGACUGGCACGUCCGAGUUCAUCGCCUCAAGGUAUAUGAGAAGGUCAAAACGUUGCACACCAUUGAGGGCGGGUUUGCUAUCUUCGGACGCAGGAAGUGUGACGGCAUGCCUCUACCUGUCCUAGAAACAAUUCCACCACACUCGGUCCUGGGCUCGGCGGAAGGCGUUAUCCAAGAAAAGCACUCCACCUUGAUCCUGUCCUCUGCGGGUGCGAGUGGCGUCGUCACGAAUUUGCUGGACCACCAGACGACGUCGGAAUGUUUCCCGCUGAAACCAGAUUCCAACACGAACCUGGCGUGUUCGAGGACGUUGAUCCCCGUUGCUUCUCACGCCGUUCUAGGCGGGUUGGACCCAGGUGUGGAACUCACUUUCGUAGAAUCCAUCUUUGCUCUAUCUGCAACGGCGAACGGUGGCUGGUCGGAGACGGGAAAGAGUCUGGCAGAGCGUUGGUUGGACAGUCCAUUAGUCCACUUUGAUGUGAACAAAGAGCACGCUAAAGCCACUGAUUCGUUACUCGUUGGUGUUAUCGGCCAAUAG